AUGGCACGACGUAAAAAAACAGGUGAACCGUUCCCAUGUGCAGUCAUCUCAGUGUUGCCAGAUGACCUCAAUGCAAACCCCCCAAGCCAGCCUACAUUUCCCCCUAGAUUGGAUUUCGAUUCUAAUUUCAUUUGUGCCACUUGUGACGGCAUUUUUGUUGAUGCAGAGGCGUUUAGGAAUCAUAAGUGCGAGCCGCUUAACAAGGUUGGAAAAGAUGAACCAUUCCAGUGGAACCAUAAUGCUAUAUUAGGUUUAUUAACUGUAUAUCAUACUAUACAACCUGAUAAAGAAAAUGUUAGAAAACACAAACACUUCUGGCAGAAUCUUGCGAAAGAUUUACGAACAUUAGGAUAUGAGGUGACUGCUGAUCACACCAGAUGGAAAUUUAAUGCACUGUUAAAGAAAUAUAAAGAAUGUGUCGACAACAAUUCUAAAUCAGGAAGAAGUCCAAUGACAUUUGCUUAUUUUAAUGAAAUGCAAGAAAUGUUUGGACACCGAAAAAAUAUUAAUUGCAAUCACAUAAUCGGUUCUUCAUUUUUUGGGAGCAAAAGACAAUCAUCUUCAUUCGUCGAAUCUGAUAAACAAAUAUCGACAGCAACAAAAAGAAAACAAGCGAUAUCAUCUACAUCUGAAUCAUUACCAACAAAACUUUCAAGAAUUGAAUGUCAGCAAGAGUUAUUAAAUAUGGCAUCUUCUGCAGCAUCUUCUGAAACAUCUUCUGAUAUAGUUUCUGAAACACCACUUUCUAAAGAAAGAAAAAAAAGUCGACCUGGAUCUGCAACAUAUGUUGCCAAGACUAAACUGGAACUAGAAAAACAGUGGUUGGAACAUCUAAAAGUAUUAGCUAUAAAAAAUCAGAAAGACGAUGAAAAACUAAAGAGAAUAGAUGAGAGAUUACAAUUAAAAGAAAAACAGUUAUUAUGGAAAGAAGCGGUAGUAAAGCGAAAAAUGGAAAAGAAAGAAGAGAGGCACAGAGAACGAAUGAGAAUUGAAAAUGAAAAAUGCCAAUUAUUGAAAGAAUUGGUAGACUCAAAACAUCUAUUUUCUAUGAAUGAUAUGCUCUCAUUUAAAAAAUAA